GCGAUCUCCCGUUGUCGAGCGACGUCCUCGACCGCCAGCCACCGCCCGACGCGAAGGUCCAACGAACUCGGGGGGACGAAGGCGAGUAUCGAGGCCAUUUGCACCGGCCCUUCCAUCUUAACUUCAUCUAUCGACCCCCCGCCCGCUGUCCGACCCUCCCCUCUCCUGCAUACCGUUACCGGGUGAUGUCCUUUGUCAAGCUCAGCAUAUUCGGGACCUCCUUCGAGGUCACCACGAGAUAUGUUGACCUCCAGCCGGUCGGAAUGGGCGCUUUCGGUCUCGUCUGUUCGGCCAAGGAUCAGCUCACAGGGUCAUCCGUUGCCAUCAAGAAGAUCAUGAAGCCGUUCAGCACGCCUGUGCUCGCUAAGCGCACCUACCGCGAGCUGAAGCUUCUCAAGCACAUUCAACACGAAAAUAUCAUCAGCUUGAGCGAUGUCUUCAUUUCCCCACUGGAGGACCUGUACUUCGUGACCGAGCUCUUGGGUACCGACUUGCACAGAUUGCUCACGUCAAGGCCACUCGAAAAGCAAUUCAUCCAGUACUUCCUGUACCAGAUCUUGCGCGGGCUAAAAUACGUCCACUCUGCCGGCGUCGUACAUCGUGAUCUCAAACCUAGCAAUAUCCUCGUGAACGAGAACUGCGAUCUCAAAAUUUGCGACUUCGGUCUUGCACGGAUCCAGGACCCCCAAAUGACUGGUUAUGUCUCGACUCGGUACUAUCGUGCCCCUGAGAUCAUGUUGACAUGGCAGAAGUACGACGUCGCCGUCGACAUAUGGAGCGCAGGCUGUAUUUUUGCCGAGAUGCUGGAAGGCAAACCGCUUUUCCCCGGCAAGGAUCAUGUCAAUCAGUUCUCCAUCAUCACCGAGCUGCUCGGAACCCCGCCGGACGAUGUCAUUCAAACUAUCGCUAGCGAGAAUACCCUUCGCUUCGUGCAAUCUCUCCCGAAGCGCGAGCGCGUGCCUUUGAACCAGAAGUUGCGUUGUAAUGACCCUGAUGCACUCGAUCUCCUUGACAAGAUGUUGGUCUUUGAUCCGCGGAAGCGCAUCACCGCCGCCGAGUCAUUGGCGCACGAGUAUGUUGCACCCUAUCACGACCCGUCGGACGAACCAGAGGCUUCGGAGAAGUUUGACUGGAGCUUCAACGACGCCGAUCUGCCUGUAGACACCUGGAAGGUCAUGAUGUACAGCGAAAUUCUCGAUUUCCACCAAGUCGGGGAGGCGACCACCAACUCGGCCGGCAUCCCUCAGGGUCCCCUUGCCGGCGCUGACGAUGGCUAUGUACCAUCCGGCGCCUCCGCGACGGCCCAGACCACAUGAUUUGCAGACGGCCAUCUCGCGUCUUCAAGCACUGGUGGCAUAUAUGACAUGGUGUUAUGCUUUGCCUUAGAGGUGUGCAUUAUCCUUGUUGCAUCGAGAUACCUUGGCAGCUGUAACACAUGUGCUUGCUUGAAUUCCCUGCCCACAUCAUCGCCUAGACGCUCCCAACGAAGAAAGAAAUCGAAUGUAUCCACGCCGCGCCACUCGACGUUAUACCCUUCAGUAUUGUGGCUAGCCUCUUGAUGGAUUCACGGACCGAUUUUCCUCGUAGGAUCGAGACGCUAAUUAAUCUCUCCACCGUGUAGUGAUACUCCUUGCAGAUCCUCCUGUAGUAGUUUGUUCCCGUGUAGCACCCGAAUAUACGAUGGGCGUAAACC